GUGUGUCCGCUCGGUACUCCGCCGCAUUGUAAAGUACAUCACUGAUCAGUUGAGUUGAAGUGUUCAAACUAACAGUAUGUCGUCUCAAAAUUAUGAUCGAACAGAUAUAAAGAAAUUCGAUAAAAAUAUAAAAAAUGUUCCCGAAGUUUUUGGGCGCGUAGUUGUUGCGGUUGCCGCGUCUCGUGAAAAUGGAAAAAAUCCACGAACGUUCAACUCGCGAGACAUUGACGGGGUCAUUAAAUCUGUCUAUGACUGGCCGGUACCUGAUAAAAGGCGUGAUUACAUGAGGAAAUUUGUAAGCAAGAAUAGCGAUUCCAUGAACGAUUUCAUCAGUAUUCGGAAGAUAACUUCAAAACGAACCGAAAAUAGUGAAUUUAAAAGUUUUUACGAUAUUGGAAGUGCAGCUGUGCAGUACGAAAAGAUGAAAUCAGCGGGUUAUGCGAAUGGUGGAAGAGAAAAGAACAAGUCAAUGGGACCAUCUACAUCGAGGGAUCUCUUCGCUUCCAAUUCAAGUCCACGAGGUGCAGCCAAUAGUCAUGGUGUUUUAAACGAUCAGAGCAUACCAAAAACUUUACGAAGAAACCGCCUCCUCUAUCGGAAUUAUCUCUAUUCAUGA